CUGGAGAGAAAAGUACAUAUCUACGGCGGAAGUACCGAGAAAGUGGGAGGGGAAAAAAAGUUUCGACAACUCUAGAUUGCGAAUAACACCGGUAUAGCAUGAUGAAAACAAACUUCUGUUAGGUAAAUACUUUUAUGAUCGGAAAAUAACUUUUAAACUAGUUUAUUGUGCGGGACACAUAGUCUUACUUUCGAGUUCACAAUGGGACUCCCAACUCUGGAGUUUAGCGAUUCUUUUCUGGAUAGCCCUGAUUUCAGAGAACGGCUAAAAUAUCAUGAAAUAGAGUUGGACCGAACAAACAAAUUCAUCAAAGAACUGAUCAAAGACGGGAAUAUGUUGAUAACGGCGCUAAAGAAUCUGUCUACUGCGGUCCAGAAGUUCUCUCAGUCCCUCCAGGAGUUCCAGUUUGAGUGUAUAGGAGACGCAGAGACGGACGACGAGGUCAAUAUUGCCCAGUCGUUCAAGGAGUUCUCCCAGCUACUGAACACCGUGGAAGAGGAGAGGAGACGCCUGAUCCAGAAUGCAGAUGAUGUGCUAAUUGCACCUUUAGAGAAGUUCAGGAAGGACCAGAUUGGAGCUGCAAAGGAAGGGAAGAAGAAGUUUGACAAGGAGACAGAGAAAUACUACACCGUUCUAGAGAAGCAUCUGGCCUUGUCUUCCAGGAAGAAAGAACCGUUCUUACAAGAGGCAGACACACAGAUUGACAAGGAGAGGCAGGUGUUCUAUGAUGCUUCCCUGGAGUAUGUCUUCAAGAUUCAGGAGGUCCAGGAGAAGAAGAAGUUUGAGUUUGUGGAACCGCUGCUGGCCUUCCUGCAGGGUCUGUUCACGUUCUACCACGAAGGAUAUGAGCUCGCUCACGAGUUUGAGCCUUACAAACAACAGCUCCAGUUCAACCUGCAGAACGUAAGAAACAACUUUGUGAGUACGAAGCAGGAGGUAGAGAAACUGAUGAAGAGAAUCAGAUCAGCUGAUCAGGACUACAAACCUCCAGGGCAGUGGACCAUGGAGGGUUUCCUCUACGUCCAGGAGAAACGGCCGCUGGGAUGCACGUGGACGCGACACUACUGUUCGUAUGAGAAGAGCAGCAAAGCCUUCACCAUGACCACCUUUGAAACCAAAUCAGCUGGCAAACAGAAUGGUCUGGUGGUGAGUCCAUCUGAGAUGUUCAAGCUGAAGUCCUGUAUCCGAAGGAAGACUGACUCCAUCGACAAGCGUUUCUGCUUCGACAUCGAAGUGGUGGAGAGGCAUGGCAUCGUGACUCUCCAGGCUCUGUCUGAGUCCAACAGAAGGCUGUGGCUGGAGGCUAUGGAUGGCAAGGAGCCGAUUUACAAUCUUCCAGCCAUUCUGAGCAAGAAAGAAGAGACGUACCUAAACGAGGCAGGGUUUAAUUUUGUGAGGAAAUGUAUUGACUUGGUGGAGGUACGAGGGAUCAGCACGUUGGGCCUCUACAGAAUAGGAGGGGUCAACUCUAAGGUCCAGAAGUUGAUGACCACUGUGUUUGCAACCAAGGCUCCAGUUGAUAUGAACCUGGACCCAGACACCUGGGACAACAAGACCAUCACAAGCGGCCUGAAGAAUUACCUCAGGUGUCUCUCUGAGCCUCUGCUGACCUUUAAGCUCCACAAAGACUUCAUCAUGGCCGUCAAGUGUGAAGACCAGAACUACAGGGUGAGGGCCGUCCAUGCCUUGGUCCACAAGCUGCCUGAAAGGAACAGGGAGAUGAUGGAGCUACUGAUCAAACACCUCGUCACAGUGUCCACCCACAGCCAGUUCAACCUGAUGACUGUGUCCAACCUGGGUGUGAUCUUCGGGCCCACGUUGAUGAGGUCACAGGAGGAGACGGUGGCCGCCAUGAUGAACAUUAAAUUCCAGAACAUCGUGGUGGAGAUUCUCAUCGAGAACUUUGACAAGAUCUUCCACCAGCCUCCAGACCCCAACGUACCUCUGCCCCAGCCCCAAUCCCGACCAAGCUCACGAAGGAGCAGGGCCAUCUGCCUGUCCACAGGCCCUAGGAAGCCUCGCAGCAUCUACACCCCAACACUGUGCCUUGCAGACGCUGACAGUGACACGUUCAGCAGCAGUCCAGGCAGCACCCCCUUGGGAAGCAUGGAGUCCCUCUCCUCCCACUCCUCUGAGCAGAACAGCUCCUCCAAGACAACUGGCACUUCCUCCCACCACCAGCCCAAAGACAAGGCUUCCUAUCCCCCUGGCCUGUGGCUGGGGAUGGGUCAGGGGACGAGCCAGUGGCUCGGGAUGGGUCAGGGUACCAGCCUGAAGCAGGGGAUGGGUCAGGGGACCAGCCUGGGGCAGGAGAUGGGUCAGGGGACCAGUAUGGGGCAGGAGAUGGGUCAGGGCCCAACCCUGGGUCUCCGUCGCUCCCCCUCACAGCUCUCUUCCAACGGGCCAGGGAAGGGAAGUGUCCCAUCCUGCCUCAGCAGCCCAGAGUCUAGCUCCAGGGAAGACGUGGAGACAGGGAGGACAGACGGGGAGUCGGAGGGAGAUGCUCUGAGUCUGUCCUCAACCAGCACCACAGCUACACCCAGGGGGUCCAUCGGCCCGAAGAAAGCCCCCCACUCCCAGACGGAUCUCCGGCCGGUGCCCGUGACCCAACUGACCCAGCUGAACCGCUCAGCCGCUCCCUCUCUGAGGUCACUGUAUAUAUCUGAAGGCCGUAGGAGUCUGGCAGGUUCAGUCCAGAGUCUGUCUGCCGUGACGCUGGACCAGAAAGACCAACAGAAGGAUCGGAAGGAGAGUGUAGAGUCUACAGACCCCCCAGACCGCCCUCCUAAACUAGUCACCCGUCGGAGAUUGGACAGACCGGACAAGAUGGAGUCCUCCAGCAACGGAUACCAGAGACCAGGAUCAGUGGUUGCUGCAAGAGCCAUGUUGUUUGAAACCUGCCCUUCAGCGGCGCAGACCACACCUGUUGGAAGAGACGCCAAGGCCAUGUACUCCUGUGAAGCAGAACACAGCCAUGAGCUCAGCUUCCCACAGGGGGCUCUCUUCUCAAACGUGUAUCCAUCUAUUGAACCUGGCUGGAUCCAAGCAACGUUCCAGGGAAAGACUGGCCUGAUCCCUGAGAACUAUGUCGUUUAUCUCUAACAACAAACUGACUGCUCCAGGACCUAAACAUCCCAAACGAACCUUGAUCAUUUCAUGGUAUCCAUGGUAACAAUAAUCUGUAAUGUGAUUGUUGUGAAGGCCAAGUUUCCCCAUAUUGAUCAGACAUGUAGAUAUGGGAACGUUGACUAUUGUUCAUAUGCAGUAGAAGGAGCAGAUGUGUGUUUUUAAUCACCUGAAUGAUAUACCUACCUACCUACCAACCUACCUACCGUAUCUACACCCUUAUCAAGAUGAAUACUUCUGGUCAUGUCAUGCUGCUGGUCCUAUUCUUAUAGGUUAGUGUUGAUAUACUGUAUGUUCCAGGUGGGAUAUACAGUAAAAACAUACACGAUUGAUAAUAUACACUGAACAAGAAAUAUAAACUCAACGUGUAAAGUGUUUCAGGAGCUGAAAUAAACAGAUCCCUGAAAUGUUUCGUACGCAAAGAAAGCUUUUUCCUCUCGCAUUCUGUGUUUACAUCCCUGAGCAUUUCUCCUUUGCCAUGAUCAUUCAUCCACCUGACAGGUGUGGCAAGAAGCUGAUUAAACGGCAUCAUUACACAGGUGCACCUUGUGCUGGGGGACAUUAAAAGGCCACUCUAAAAUGUGCAGUUUUGUCCACACCACACAAUGCCACAGAUGUCAAAAUGUUUGAGGGAGAGUGCAAAUGGCAUGCUGACUGCAGGAAUGUCCACCAGAGCGGUUGCCAGAGAAUUUAAUGUUAAUUUAUUUCUCUACCAUAAGCCACCUCCUACGUUGCUUUAGAGAAUUUGUCAGUACAUCCAACCGGCCUCAAAACCGCAGACCCACGUGUAUGGCGUUGUGUGAUGUCAGCGUGCACAGAGCGCCCCGUGGUGGCAGUGGGGUUAUGGUAUGAGGCAGGCAUAAUCUAUGUACAACGAACACAAUUGCAUUUUAUCGGUGGCAAUUUUAAUGGACAGAAAUCGAGAGGCCCAUUUUGUUUAAGGUAUCUGUGACCAACAGAUGCAUAUCUGUAUUCCCAGUCAUGUGAAAUCCAUAGAUUAGAGCCUAAUGGGUUGAUUUCCAUUAAUUGAUUUCCUCAUAUGAACUGCAUGUUGCGUUUAUAUUUUUGUUCAGUAUAAUAUCAAAAAACGUCCAGGAUUCAAUUGCGAUUUUUGUCGGCUAUGCACCAUGUAAAAGUAAAAUAUCUGAAUGAGCUGACAGGUUCUCAGCGGAAGAACAUUGCCUUUAAAAGGUGCAUAGCGGACACAGCGUGGACUAAAUCCUACCGAUAAAUACCCACAGGUGUAAAGAUAUACAGGUAUGUUACCCAUAGACCUGCUGGUUGUCUGUCUGUAGUGUUGUGGUACUAGUUUAGUUCCAGUAUUACGUCUGUCUCCUUUAGAUGACAGGUAGGAUUCCCUUCUGAGAUCAAACCAACGCAUCUUUCUGAAUCUCUGAAACAAAAUGUAGAUAUCGUACAUUUCAAUGUUUAUGGCAAUAAACAGUUAUUUAAUGUGAAAUAGUCAGUACGCCGGCUGUGGCUGUUGUUCCAACAUAGAACAGCAUGUACAUGGAAUCAUGUCAUUUUACCCAGAGCGCCUUGCUUCAAGGGCACAUCGACAGGUGGCUCGCGGAUUCGAUCCAACUGACUACGUGGCACACUACAUUUUCCAAAUGGAACCCUAUUCCCUAUGUAGUGCACUACUUUUGACCAGGACUCAUUGGGGAUGUAUUUUCUACUAGUAAAUCACUCAAGUGUUUUUCCUAACUAGUAAAUCACUCAAGUGUUUUUCCUAACUAGUAAAACACUCAAGUGUUUUUCCUAACUAGUAAAACACUCAAGUGUUUUUCCUAACUAGUAAAUCACUCAAGUGUUUUUCCUAACUAGUAAAUCACUCAAGUGUUUUUCCUAACUAGUAAAUCACUCAAGUGCACUUUUGUUUAAAUAUAUGGUACCUGCAUGUUCACACAUCCAGGAGCUCUUCCUCUAGUUGGUACUAUUAACGUAUUUACCCUGUUAAUCUUCACUGUGUAUUGAAAGAAAUGAUCACUUAAAUGCCAGGAUUCGAUCCGAUCCCUCUUUGUCAGCGAUGCACAUUUUAAAGCCAGUGUUCCUGUGUUCGUAGAGACCACGGAAAUGACCUUUAAAUGGUCCAUAUGGUCCAUAUCGUCCAUAUGGUCCAUAUCGUCCAUAUGGUCCAUAUCGUCCAUAUGGUCCAUAUCGUCCAUAUGGUCCAUAUCGUCCAUAUGGUCCAUAUCGUCCAUAUGGUCCAUAUCGUCCAUAUGGUCCAUAUCGUCCAUAUGGUCCAUAUGGUCCAUAUCGUCCAUAUGGUCCAUAUGGUCCAUAUCGUCCAUAUGGUCCAUAUGGUCCAUAUGGUCCAUAUCGUCCAUAUGGUCCAUAUCGUCCAUAUGGUCCAUAUCGUCCAUAUGGUCCAUAUGGUCCAUAUGGUCCAUAUCGUCCAUAUCGUCCAUAUGGUCCAUAUCGUCCAUAUGGUCCAUAUCGUCCAUAUGGUCCAUAUCGUCCAUAUCGUCCAUAUGGUCCAUAUCGUCCAUAUCGUCCAUAUCGUCCAUAUGGUCCAUAUCGUCCAUAUGGUCCAUAUCGUCCAUAUCGUCCAUAUGGUCCAUAUCGUCCAUAUCGUCCAUAUGGUCCAUCGGCUUGAAUCCCGGCCGUAGCUUGUUUUAUGUAAUCGUCUAAGUGAUGCAUUAGAAUACUGAAUGUUUGUCUAAUGUGCCAUAUAUUACUCUCUAGUCUAGUACGCUGGUGUACUAGCAACGUCAACAGUGAAUAAUAUCAACUCAGACUAAACAUGUAUAAUAUGAGGUUUACGUCCCAAAUUGCACCCUUUAGCCUAUAUAGUGCACUACUUUAGACCAGAGCCCUAUUCCCUAUAUAGUGCACUACUUUAGAUCAGAGCCCUAUUCCCUAUAUAGUGCUACUACUUUAGACCAGAGCCCUAUUCCCUAUAUAGUGCACUACUUUAGACCAGAGCCCUAUUCCCUAUAUAGUGCACUACUUUAGACCAGAGCCCUAUGGACCCUAUGCCCUAUAUAGUGCACUACUUUAGACAGGAGCCCUAUGGACCCUGGUGAAAAGAGGUGCACUGUGAAGGGAAGAGGGUGCGGCGGUGCCAUUUGGGACGUAUCCUCCGAUUCUAUUUUUUAUUAAAGAUGGUGUUUGAUAUUUAAUUUUGUACUGUCACAAAAAAAAAACUAAAGACUCAAGUAAUAAAUGUGUAACUUGUGUACAACAGAAUGUCUUAUUAUUCCUCUUCAGUCUAAAAUAAAUAAAUAUAGAUAAAAGAUUUUCAA